UGCAACCGUUCUUUAUGUUUACAAUUUUUUAUUCUAGGGGCAGGGGUGUUUUUAAAAUGUAAAGUUUGAAUGAAACUUGUGUGUUGAUGUAAAUAAUGCAGUAGUAGGAUAACCUAGGUUCACCCCCACAGCGCAGUGAUGUUUACCAGUCAUACUGCAUUCAUCCAUACAUAGGUGUGUUAUCAAAACAGAAAUGUCAUACAGCCCAAAUACAAGGUCAAUGGUACACAAAAGGUGCAGCUAUUUGCGUAACAACAGAGUGCUAUUUUACAUCAAGAUCCUGGAAUUCACAUGCAUGGGUAAUUUCAACGUCGUCAUCCCUCCAUUACAGUUCAAAUGACGGGAAUCCAUAGAACAUGAAAGCAGCCAGGAAAUGUAGCUGUCCUUUUUGAAGCAGACAAGACAGACACAGCUUUUUAUUUCAAGAUGGCGGAAGGAGUUUCAACAGAUCCACUGCUCAGUAAAGUCAUCCUGGGACACUUGGAGUGUUCCAUCUGCUGCACUCGUUACAAUCAACCCAAAAACCUGGAUUGCUCACACAGUUACUGCCUCAAAUGUCUCCAAGAACUGAAGAAAACUCAAAAUCCUGACACUAAUAAACUAAAAUGUCCUCUGUGCCAGAAAGAAACCAUCUUACCACUCGAUGGAGUGACUGGAUUACAAAGCAACUACCUACUGAUUGCCCUAGUGGAGGAGGUCAACAAACAGGAACAGCUUCCACAAGGUGAAGAGUCAAAGGUCAUGUGUCAGGCUUGUGAUGAGGAAAACGCGGCAAUUUCACAAUGUUUUAAUUGUGAACAUUAUCUCUGUCUGGAGUGUCAGAAAGCACACCAACGUUUAGCUGCAUUGAAGAAUCACGAGAUCAAAACUUUGGCUGAAUUGCAAGAAGUUGAUGAAACCCAAACUGAAUCAAAGAUGAACAUCUCAAGAUGUGACAUCCAUCCCAUUCAAGAGCUCUGCCUCUACUGUAUGACGUGUGAGCAGCUCACUUGUAAACUCUGUGCAAUUUUGCAGCAUAAACAGCCGAUGCACAAUGUUUUUGAUUUACACACAGCUUUUGACAUUUUUCAAAGUAAAGCAAGCAAGGAUGUCUCACAAUUGCACAAAAGCAAAUUUAAAAUGGCGGGACAGUUAGCCACAAUGCGCAAGAGACUUAGCUGCUUGUUUCAAGAAACAAAUGAUAAUAUUUCACAUAUUGCAGAACAGAAAUUCAAUAAAAUCAAACAAGAGGAAAAUGAAUUGAAACAAAAAGCCAAAAUGAUGUACCAAAGAAAAGAUAAGAAAAUGGCAGAAUUGCAAUUUGCAGAGCAGACAAUGAAGACGAUUCGCACUCACAGCAAAACGACUGAUGUGAAUCGUCUGGAAAUCUUAAAGAACAGACAGGAACUUCUCCACAGCUACAGAGAUAUCAAAAUUCAUGAAGAACAAGCAGAAUGUUUGACCUAUGACCUCUCUUUUAUUGCUUUUUGCGAAUUUGAGAAUGAGGUUGAACUUGGGACUCUUCUAAACAAAGAAAACUGGGAAUUAAUGUGUGAAGUGAAAGUGCCUGCUCACUGUUUGUCAUCCUAUUCCACCGGUGAUAUUGUAGCUGUAAAGAGUUCACAAAUUAACAUACUGCGCCAAUUUGGCAAGGAUUUUAACACAAUUUCACAAAUUGAGUGCAAAGAUGUUUCUAAACCCACUGCUAUUGCAGUAAACAAUCAAGACCAUCUCAUUGUUCUAGAUAAACCUAAUGUCAAGACAUUGAACAAGGAGUUUCAGCUUCUUCAUCAGUUCACUCCAGGUAAAGAGUCUGACAGUGAACCCACAUUUCUUGCAGUAGAUGAGAACAAUCUGAUAGCAGUGGGUUAUAAAGACAAGGAAGAGGUUUCUCUACACAACCCCGAUGGAUCCCUCAUCAGAACACUGUCUGCUCCAGGGAUUGAUAAGUACAUGGCCAUGAGUAACCAGAGAAUCGUUUAUAUUUGCAAUAAGAAGCUCAUAUUUGUUGAUUAUCAAGGUAAUAAGAUCUUAGAACAAGAAAAACCGCAGCAAAUUACAGGGGUAUGUUGUGAUCAUAAUUCAGGUGAUAUAUAUUUACUUCACUAUGAUGGUAAAAUCCAACAUCUUAGUGCAAUAGGCGCACAUGUUGGAUGGGUAUUUUUUGUUGAUUUGGGUUUGAGCUUAGGCCCAAUAACCUUUACACAUAAUGAUACGAUAGCAGUUAAACAUCUGAUGUAUGAAGCUGUAAACAUAUAUCAUAGGGUGUUAACACUUUAGCUUAAAGUCCAUUUUCGAUAUAAUUAUUUUGUUUAAACUCAGCUGCUCUGGUUGACCAAAAUAAGACAAAAUUAAAACAAGCAUUAACGUAACGAGACAUUCCCAAAAGAAAAUUACAGGGUUUGAUAAUAAUCUUUUUUAUAACGACGACCCACCAACUUUCACCAAAACUUCUGAGAGAAGACAUUUUUAUCUUGAAAGAUUAUUCUGAUCUUGUACUGAAAAAGUAAAAAAUGACAACUACCUGAAACUUACUUAACUUUUAAAAGAUUACUUCAUAAAUAACUGGAUAACAAAGGCGGACAUAAUGGGGCAGAUGAUGUUUUGAACUAUUAUAAUUAAGAAAGCUUUAGAAGAAUGCGCUUUUUCGAAAAAUCAGUUGACCACCAGUAGACUGAGACUCUUCAAUUAGAAAUGUUCUUAAAUGUCUGGACAAUUUUAUUGUUUACCUCUGAAAGUUUUACUAUCAUGCUCAAACAGCCUACAAAGGAAUUAGAUCCGUAUAUAAUUAUCUUAUACUCUAAUCAAUAAUUUGUCCGUUACUACUUUUACUACUUUAACGAACGUUAGAAUUGUUCAGUGAGUUUAAAAGGUCAGCCGUCGAUUUCACAAAACUCUUCCUAACUUAAGACUAAUCUUAGGACUUAGCCAGCCCAGCCCCCGAUUUCACGAAGCGCUGCGACGCGUCGCAAGUGCAAGUUGCGACCGGUUACACGUCGUAAGUUGCAAUGCGUAUGAAAUCGAUUUCAUCAAAGUUACGAUGCGUUGGAUGCGUCGCAAGUUCCUUGACAACGAGGAAGAACACGUCGUAAGUUACGACGACCCAUAGGGCCGUCGUAAGAAUGCGAUGUUUCAUUUUUUUACGCACAAAAUGCAUGAAAGAACAUAACAAUUACCACACGUAACUUCCGUGAACCAAUCGGGAAGACACUAGACAACCAAAUGGAAAGUUACCCUCCCCCCCAAUAAAAAAAAAAAAAAGGACGGGUAAAAGAAAAGAAAACAAACACACGCAUAA